AGGGACCGAUGUAAUGCAACUAAAUUAAAGAUUUAGAAUUGUGGUUGAUUCAAAUAAAAUAUUUGAGUAAAGUUUAUGAAAAAAUGAAAGAUUUAGGACCGUAACUACAAUUAUCCCUUGUUUUAACAAACAAUUCUUUGUUCAACAGAAUUAAAAUUAAAAAUAAUUCUCUUAAAAUCAAAUUGAUAAAGAUCACUGUCAAAUUUUAAACGGACAAAUAUAAAGACACUUUGGACGCUGUUCCAUCUGAUUGACCUCAACAAUGUUUGGCUAAACUUGGAAGUAUUAUUUUAAAACUUCUUUUCAAAAUAUGUUUGGAAAAGAAUUUCUGGAGUGACCAUUUCAUUCUGGUUGGAACCGGCCAAAUCCGGAUGCCCCACUUUCGAAUCGAAAUGUGCAUAGCAGUGACUAGGGAUCAUACCUGUAGCUAACUAGCUGCAGAGUAUGGUUGAAACUGAAAAGAGAAAGAAAAGGUUUGUGUAAAACGACAGUUGAAUUAGUGCCUAUAAAGUGUUUGUUUUAAAGCUGCUGAGAAGUGAGAACUACCGAAAAGUACCAAAAAAAACUCACUCAAAAUCUGUCGUUUCUUUGUUUUCUCCAUUAUUUUGACAACAGUCUUUUAACACUGUACACAAACCCCAAGCUGACAUUGUGGCCCAUUGUCAGGUUUCUACUUUAACCACUGCACUUCCACCACACACACAAACUACGUACUCCCAUAUGAAGAAAAAUACGAAAACAACCCCUAUUUAUUACAUAUGAAUAAAUAAAUAGCUUCUCCAUAUGUGUCUUUGGUAUCCCUAUAUUAAUGCAUGUGGUAUUCAUUAGACUAUCUUAGUAGGCACUGAUGAACGGGUUCCAGACAACAAGAAUGGAACUUGGUUCAGCCUCUGCUUCUUCUUCUUCAUCUACUUCUGGUGGGUCAGAAUCACUCAAUGGCUUGAAGUUUGGCAAGAAAAUCUACUUCGAACAUGUAGGUGUUGGAGUGCAGGACAAAUUUGGUGGUGGGCCGCCUUCACUGUCGCCCAAGGCCGCAGGACUGCCUCCCCCAUCACCUGCCAAGAAGAGGAGAAGCGGCGUGGUGCAAGGUGGCCAGCCACCAAGGUGCCAAGUAGAAGGGUGUGAGGCAGAUCUGAGUGGUGCUAAGGCUUACUAUUCAAGGCACAAAGUGUGUGGUACGCACUCCAAGUCCCCAAAAGUCAUUGUUGUAGGCCUUGAGCAAAGGUUUUGUCAGCAAUGCAGCAGAUUUCAUCAAUUGCCCGAAUUUGACCAAGGAAAACGGAGUUGCCGCAGACGACUUGCAGGGCACAAUGAGCGUAGGAGGAAGCCACCACUUGGAUCUUUAUCAUCCACUCGCUAUGGAAAUCUUUCUUCAUCCAUAUUUGAAAACCGUGGCAGAAGUGGAGGCUUUGUGAUGGAGUUUGCUUCAAACCCGAUUCUGACUAGGAGGGAUUCAUGGACAAACACAAUGUCGUCUGAACGAGUCGUGGGCAAUCAAGUUACGAUGACAGAAAAGCUUGCACCUACAUGGCAGGAUUUGCAAAAUCCCCCACCUGAUCUUCAGCAAGGUUUAACAACCCAAACAAUUUGUUUGGGUCCUGGAGUAUCUUCAGAAGAAUGUUACAAUGGAGUCUCGGAUUCCAGCAGUGCUCGCUCUGUUCUGUCAAAUCAACCAUGGGACUCAAUAAACCAUUCGUCCAGUCAUGGGAUAAAUAGUUCAUUUGGUGUCAAUGGGACACCCCUGGUUCGACCAUUCAUUACCCACAGUGCACCCAUUACUCACUUUUUAGUCUCCUCGCGGGGCAACCAAGUCAGUAGCAGUUUGCAUGAGAUGCCUCCUGUUCUUGGUUUUGGUCAAGUUUUGUGGCCUGGUAACAGUCAGCAUUCCAGUGUGCUCGAGAUGGGCAGAGGACAGUACCAGCAGUCCAGGGGUUUUAAUUCUUCUGUCCAGCAUAUGAACUGGUCACUUUAGAACUUUGCAUCUUUAAUAACUUUCAGGUUCUGAAGUUUCUUCCAAUCUACUUGUGCCAUUUGCUCUUCGUGCUUAGGAAAAAGACUUAUGUAUCUGUUGUUUAGCUUUUGGAAUCUACUUGUGCCAUUUAUAUUACCUGACACAUUUGUUCUUUGUUUAGUGUUUGCUCAUCAUUGCCCCAAGUGCCUAUUGCGUGUGACUCAGCUAAGGAAAUACCAUUGAAAUUGACUUUUA